CUCACCCCCGCAUCAUCCGUCCGCCAUCUCAACUACGGCCGGUGCACAGCGUGUUGGUUACAAGUGUUUGCGACUUGCAGCAACAGACUUGGCCAUCGAUUGACUUUGUCUUGAGAGUUGUCAGUUGUUUCAUCGCAGCCUUGCCUGCGCUGAGAUAGAUCACCAACUCACCAACUCACCAACUCAGCGAAACACCGACACACCCACUCCACCAUGGAAUACGAUUCCGACUCGGACGUCGACGUCGUCGGCAGCGACGAGGACGUUGCUGUUAUAGGCCGCGACGACGUGAGCAACUACAACGAAGCCAACAUCCUGCCCGAGCCUGCCGAAGUCAUAGACAAAAUCCGCAAGUGGCUCGAGCCAACUUCGUACCUGUACGAAAGUGGCGAGUAUCGCAGGCAUCUCGCCGCCCAUCUCGAGGGGACCGGCCAGUGGCUCUCGGCCACUCCAAACUUCAAAAAGUGGCACCGUGCCGCCCAGGGCGGUGGCCACGCAGAUCAUGGCCUGCUCUGGGUCAAGGGUAUCCCGGGCUCAGGCAAAAGCGUCUAUGCCGCUACCAUCGCCGACGAACUUGCCAAGGAGGGCCACCCCGUGCUCUUUUUUUUCUUCCGCCAGAUCAUCAAUGCGAACCACACGCCCGUUAACCUGCUGCGAGACUGGCUGGACCAGGUACUCGAGUACAGCCCCCCUCUCCAGAUUGAGCUGAAGGACUAUGUCGACGAACGAGGCGGCAGGAAUCGCUCUCUUGACAGCCUCGGCAUGGAUGCCCUGUGGAAUCAUCUGAAGACGGCACUUGCCCAUUUGCCCCGCGUCUAUCUGGUCGCAGACGCGCUGGACGAGAUGGACAAGGGCAACGACGGCUUCUUGAAGGCCCUGGCAAAGCUGGGCUCGUGGAAGCCGGAAAGAGUCAAAGUUCUCAUUACCAGCAGGCCCGUCACUACCGUCGAGGCGCCCCUUCGCGAGUUCCCGGCGCUUCAGAUCCGACUCGAGGAGAGGCUUGUUGACAUGGACAUUGCCAUCUACGUCCAACAUGGCAUCGACGGUUCUUCCAUACCGGCCCAAGAUAGAGUCUUGAUUAGGGAGGUAGUGCCUGGCCGAGUCAACGGGCUGUUUCUCUAUGCCAAGCUUGCCAUGGACGCAUUUCUUGAACCAGACGCCGACGUGCGGGAGGUCCUGAGGACGCUCCCCGCGGAUCUCGACGCCAUGUAUACCGACUUGCUGCGCGAGCAUGCUCGGAGGUCUGGUACUCACCACGACAUUCAGCUUCUGAUUUUGUCCUGGGUCACGCAUGCCACCCGCCCCCUCCGUCUAAUCGAGGUGGCCGAGAUGGUGAAUACUUCAUCAAAUUUAUACGUGGAUUGCAGUUUGAAAGCGGCCAAGGAUGUCGUGAGAGCUGCAUGUGGCCCGCUGCUCGAGAUACACCCCGACGAGACGGUUUCUGUCAUUCAUCACUCCCUCACCGAGUUUCUGAUGGGAUCCACACGAGCGGCAGCGUCACCCCACGACGACUCGCAAGCAUUUCCGGUACUGCUGCCUGGGCCCACUCACCAAUGGCUGGCUCUUUGCUGUCUUCGGUAUCUGCAAUCUGGAUGCUUGGACGGCCACAAGGUUUCAAAGUCGGCACGGGACGAGGAGAGGUACUCCCACUUACCCGUCAAGCUGGACCCCCAGCACGUUGCCUUGCGGCUUCAAUUUCCGUUUCUAGACUACGCAGCAAAGAAUUGGCCAACCCACGUCUUGAAAUCGGCUCAUGCUGGUUGGAUAUCCACCAUAUUACCACCAUUCCUGGAUGCCUUCUUUGUGCCAGGCCAGAGACUUGAUAUGUGGCUCGACAUUGAGUGGCGUCCGUGUGCGACCAAGGACGUCACGCCGUGCCACAUUGCGGCCAGGUAUGGCCUGACGCAGUAUCUCGAGCAUAUAUCAGGCCGCAGUUCCGUGGAAGUUAACUGUAAAGAUGCCACUGGAAAGACGCCACUCUUCCACGCUGCCGGAAAUGGACACGCAGAAGCAGUCAAGAUCCUGAUCAAUGUUGGGGCGAACCCCGACCAGGAUGACAGUGUUGGGCUCAAGCCGCUGCAUAGAGCUGCAGCCCUCAACCACGCCAGUGUCAUCAGCGUUCUCCUCGCUGCUGGUGUUGACCCGUUGACCGCGAAGACGCGGGAAACCUCGGGAAGACGGUGUGGAAAUGCAUCGAGAUCAAAGGGCGAAACUCCUUUGAUGUAUGCCUGCCAGUCCGGCCACGUCGAGGCUGUGGAAGCAUUCUUGCCGUCUCUGAAGGAAAUUAAUACGGUACAUCGCGCUCUAAACUGGGCUGCUAAGUCUGGCCAGACGAAGCUCGUCAAGCGUCUCAUUCGGGUUCCUGGUAUCGAUGUGAAUGCGAAGGUUCGGGGCGACACGCCGUUCUUCCUCGCCUGCUUUCGAAGAGAUAUUGAGGCAAUGGAAGCGCUCCUUGCGGCAGGUGCUGAUGCCACCGUUCUUUGUAGUCUGUCCAGCCAGGCGGAAUUCCCCGGCGCUGGCAACUAUGGCGGGCUGUAUGGCUCCGGUUCCAACCACAAUAUCUCCACUUUGGACGUGUUUUGCUUUGACGGGCGGGGACGAGACUAUACGAAAACAAAACCGAGCCCCAAGGAGCUCAAAGAUGGCCUUGAUAUACUCCUGCAAGCCGGUCUCGAUGUAAACCGCCGCGACUCUAGUCUCAAAACGCCUCUUCAUCACGCCCUGGGCAAUCCUGUGCUGAUGCGUCUGCUUCUGCUUACAGGAGCAGAUCCCAAUACCGAGACAAGCGACGGCAGCACGCUCUUACACACCCCGGUUCAAAAUGAGGAGGUCUGGGAAAUUCUCAAGUCGCUCGUAGUGCAUGGGAAGGUAGAUGUUAAUAAACGUCGGAAAAGUGAUGGGCAAACGCCUCUCAUGUUUUACCUCACAUCCAAGCAGAAUACGCGACGUGAGAACACCAUCCGUUUCUUGGAAGAAUUUUGGCCCGACUGCACAAUCGUGGACAACACAGGCACCGGCCCGCUUCACGCUGCGGCAAGGGAGCGGUUCUUUGGCGAAGGACAGUGCGAGGUUAUAGUCAGACUCGUUGAGAAUGACGCAAGACUCGACCAACGUACCCCCACAGGCCUAUUGCCAAUACACGUAGCCAAAGAGCCGGCGGUUGUUGAACAACUCGUAGAAUUGGGCGCCGACCUCGAGGCGCGAGAUUACGCCGGUGCAACCCCGUUGAUGCGAACCCCUCGUUUUCGCGUCCUCGGAAUAAAAGAUGGGAUUCAGGAAAUCGACUUUGUUCUCAGUCUUGGCGCGAAGAUCGACACCCGAGACUUCAGAGGCCGUACCCUUCUCCACGAGGUUGUCCGUCAACAUCUGAGCCUCCCUAGUAAGCGGAAUCAAGCUUCGCCUUUGCUGCAGCAUCUCGUUGACCUUGGUCUGGACCCGAAAUCGGUCGACUACUCUGGAAACACAUUGCUUCAUGAGCUUGCUUUUAUUGCGAACAAUGGCAGCCACGAGGAGAGGUUCAAACAGUUGGUCAGGCUUGGUGUUGACCCAGACGCUGCCAAUAACUUUGGUCAAACGAUGCUGCAUGUCCUCUGCAGCAAGAUCCCUGACCACAACGGCCACAGACCCGAAAAUCGUCUCCUCAGCCAUGCUCUGCCAGCUUGUAAGGAGAUUGACGCCAUGGACCACGAAGGCAACCGGCCCAUACACUUCGGUGCGACUGUGUCCGAGAGCAUUGUGGCGCAAUUGAUCGAUGCUGGCGCCGACGUCUCUGCUGCCACAAAGGAGGGACUCACUCCCCUGCACGUUGCCGCUUGGGCACGGGAAAGCAACACUGUGGGCUUGCUGCUGGCUGCCAUUUCAACGGGGAACUAUGGAGACCCCGAGACCAUCAUCAACGCCACGGCAUUUUCUAAGAGCAGAUCAGGCGGCGCAAUUACCCCGCUUUACUAUGCCUGUCUGUCCGGGCGACCAGAGAGUGUUACCUUGCUCCUGGAGGCUGGUGCGAAGGUCAAAGACUUUGCGUUAACUCUUCUUGAGGCCUGUUCGGAAUUUGAGGUAGAGGACAAACGAUGGAUACCCCCGAAUGACAAACGAUGGAUACCCCUGGAUGAGGACACUGAAUCCGGCAGCGUACAACGGGUCCUCGCGACCAAUGUGCACAUCAAGCGCGGAAUAAAUGCCGUAUACGGCUAUGGACACAAUAGCUCAUUUCUUUCGGAACGUAAUACUGCCCGCUUGGAGGAGAUCCUCCAGAUGCUGGCCGACCACGGUCUUCCCAUCCCAGCCCCAGGCGACUCCAAGUUCAAUACCGGAGUAAUCUAUGCGCAUAACGCCAUCAACCAAGCCAUUAGCCUUGAUUCUGACUAUGCAGCGGCUUGCUUGAUGAAGCUUCAAGUCGCCAAAGAAAGUAGCGAGCCUCCUCAGUUGCCCCCCUUCUUGGCAUGCAAUGCACGUUUCACCACGCGUUGGGCGAGCUUACGCCGAGGGUCGGCCGCGCAGGCGCUCCGGGAAAGCAACGCCGUGCCGACAACAAACUCAAGGGAUCAUUCUCGGGAGCAAGACGCACAGAUUUGCCUUCUUCUCACGAAACGAGAGUUCGAACUUGUCGAAGCCUCAUUGCGGGGCCCACUGCUGCCUAAUCGUCUAAACGGCAACGGGCGAACAGCUCUGCACACGUUCGCAGCCUUUGGAUACGCCAACCUGCUGUCAAAGCUUGCCACCGAAGACGAUGUCAAAAAGUUUGACAACGUAGAGUGGCGCAUGCGAAAGGAGCAGGAGAAGAACACACUUGGCAACAGAGCUUACCCUCAAGGCUCGAUAUGGCCGCUCAUUGCGACGGCCUGUCAGCGCGAGCUCCCAAAUAUGGAGGUGCUGCGCUUCCUGGUCGAGCAACUCAAGGGGACCGUCAAUGUCAGCCAGUUGGAAUAUAAAUACCAAGCAGAUAAAAACGAGUCUAUUUACGUUACAGGCGACUCGCCUUUGCACUUUCUAGCUCGAGGAAGGCACUGGUGGCAGGCCAACCAGGCGCUGCCAUAUCUUUUGUCGCGCAAGCCGGACCUCGAGAUCCGCAACCACGAAGGCGAAACGCCUCUGCACAAAGCUCUAGCCGACGCGGAGUACGGACUAGGCAUCUUCCACAAGCACGCAGCGCGAAUAUUGAUCCAAGCCGGGGCUGAUGUCAACGCCGUGACUAACAACGGCAGAAGCUGCCUUGCGGUUGCAUCCUACGACGCCGAGCUUACCCGCCUUCUGGUCGAGAGCGGUGCUAGGGUCACGGCUGUUGCAUUAUUCGCGGCCAUCGACAACAAACGGCCUGACGUAUUGGAGUUGCUCCUUGCUACCGGGGCCAACGCGAAUAUGCGCCAUGACCCUGAGGCGCCGAAGAAGCGGUCACCGAUUUUCAGAGAAAGUACGCCGUGGGGAUACUAUAGUGAGUCUGGUAAGGUACUGAUCGAUCUGGCGAGGGUACUCCUCGCCCACGGGGCGGAUCCGCUGGCACUCUUUUUGCGGCCACCCAAAAAUGCCCAGCACGAGAAAUGUACAAUCUUCCACGACAUCCUAGCGUGUAACGGUAUCGUGGAACCCUUGCUCGAGUGCUUGCCUGCUGUUGACCUCGAACAUCGCGACGGCCGAGGCCGUACUGUUUUGCUUGCCGCAUUUACCAACCCGAAGACCUCAAACAGAAAGAUUAGGCUCGACAACAGUGACAAGGAGCAAAUGAUCAUUGAUGUUCUCCUACAGCGCGGCGCCGACGGCACCGCUCGGGACAACGACGGUCGGAACGCCCUGCAUACCUUGUUCAACUCGGUCAGAGAAGCAGAAGCAUCGCCGCCAUUUAAGGAAGGCGAAUUCGAAGAUUUGUUACAGCUUCUGAUCAGCGCAAGCCCGGCGCUCGUAAAUCAAGUCGACGCUGUAGAGGGCAAGACGCCAUUGCACUACGCCCUAGACAGGGAGACAGGUGGGUCGCCCUGUCUAGUUGCUGUCGGAAAAGGUGAUCUCGAGGUCGGCAAGGAAAUUGACAUGCUGCUCGAGGCGGGCGCGGAUCCGACACUAGUUGACGGCGAGGGCAACAGUUCGCUUCACUUUUUAGCUCGGCGCCUGGGGCGUAAGACCAAGGUUCGGAAUCUCUUCUCGCGCUUUCUGGAGCUAGGGCUCGACAUCAACGCGCGCAAUGCCAAUGGCGAGACUCCGCUGUUUGACUACGCGAAAAAGGCAGUGGUGAACCCCAAGACCGAGCGGUCUUACCGUGUGCACGAGGGUAGUGAAAAGGACAUCUGGGAGCUCUUCGAGAGCGCUGGAGCAGAUUUCACCGCCAAGGACAGCCGGGGACGAGGCCUGUUGCACGUGGCGGCCAAGAAGAACAAAUGGGUAACAGGGUUCCAGGCGCUGCUGCGCAAGGGACUAGGCCCGAUAAGCCAGGACGACAAGCAGAUGACUUGUUUGGACGUGGCUGCGGCGUGCGGGAACGCGGCCGUGCUGGCGUUGUUUGAGAAGGAGGGCGAGAACAAGCGCGCACAGGAAAGCAACGAGAACGAGUCUGAGGAGGAGCAGUCUGGUGACGAUGAAAUGUUUGACGCGGAACUCUGA